UAAUCUAAACCGUACGACAGACGAUGUACAUGUCGUGGCCGAUGCAAGUUCGAUGCAGGACGAGAUAUUGCUUGAAUGCAUGAUGGCGGGUGUUGGCGAUGAAAAGAGAGGGACCAGUGUUGGCCCGAGGAAAUGGCAGCGCCCAUGCCAUGGCACGUGCACUCGCGAGGCGGGGUGAACACCGCUGCUUGUUCCUCUCUCAACUCGGCCCCUCUCAGACCAACAACUUCAACUUCUGUAUUACGCGGCAAGCUUUCCUCCCGCUCGUGAUGGUGAUGAUGCCUGGAUCUCCUGAUAGCUGUCGGGACACGCCGUUUAUGUUUUAUAUUCAGCCAAAGGUCCAGCUAUGGUUACAGAAGGUUCAAAACGACAAGAAACCGGUAGAACACGGAGUUGUAGCAUCGCUUACAUCGUAUAACACAGGUGGCUGUAAAUGUAAACCUCAGGUUUGGCCUGAUUGUCCGCGUUGUUGUUCAGCUACUCUUGACUUGAUAUUUGCGCGUCGUCCUUUCCUACCUGUGGCAUAUGUCCUUUCCUCACAAGCAGGGGUCUAGCCUCAACUCCAAGCUAUGCAGGAAACCGCUUUUAUCAACCUCACGCACCAUCACGUUCAGGGUGAUCGCACCGCGUCACUCCGGCUACGGUAUCCUCUCACAC